CUUCCUUGUUGAGGAAAGCGCAGGACUAGAGAGCUGUCGUGCUAAGUUAAAGCUAACUAUAAAGUCCACGUUAAAAACAUUAAAACAGAAAGAAAACAUAGCUAUACUCUGAUUUUUAUGAGUACUGUGGAACAGUUCCACCAUGGCUGACAGUCCAGGAUUGCCAUCAGGUGAAGACCAGAAUUUAGAAAUACAGGGCUCUGUGACUGUCUGCAAUAUAGAAACAGAGGAGAGCCAAGAAGAAUAUGCUUUUAAUGAUAAGCAUUUCUACUGUGAAACCUGCCAUAAAAUGUAUUUAGACCAGUGUGAGGUUCAUGGCCCACCAUUGUUCACCUAUGACUCUCCCACACCUAUGGGAGUUCCUCAGAGGGCUCUUCUCACUCUUCCCCAAGGCUUAGUCAUAGGUAGAUCAACAACUCCUGGGGCUGGACUAGGUGUUUUUAACCAGGGACAAAUUGUUCCUCUUGGAAUGCAUUUUGGGCCUUUUGAUGGAGAGGUCAUCAACAUGGAAAAGGCACUAGAAAGUGCUUAUUCGUGGAUGAUAUGCUCUGGGAGUGACCAGUAUGAUUACAUUGAUGCAGAGAGGGACACUCAUUCAAAUUGGAUGAGGUAUGUAGUUUGUUCACGGAACGAGAAUGAGCAAAACUUGGUGGCAUUUCAGCAGGGUGGGCGCAUCCUGUUCCGCUGCUGCCGCUCCAUCUACCCCGGGCAAGAGCUGAAAGUGUGGUAUGCAGAGGACUACGCACAAAGCCUUAGCACCACAUGGGAUAAAAUCUGGGACAAGAAGUGCACACCUAUAGGAAGAAGCGAUGAAGAUGCCUCUCAGCUUUGUCUUUGUCCCUACUGUCAGUACUCUUUCCCAGCAGCUUUUUACCUACACAGACACGUCAGGCGCUCACACCCAGAUGAGUACCCACACCUGCUGGAAGCCCAAGCUCUUGAGCCUACUGACCAGACACCAGUCAUGAAUUUGGAUCAUUGCCUACUUGCCUCUGAUGCACCACCUCCAUCUCAAAUGCAGCAAAUGACAAAAUCCUUUCAUAGCCAAUUUCCUACCCUCAGUGGCCAGACAGAGCAAUCAAACCCAACUGAUUUGCCACAUGAAAUUAGCAGUGAUUUGAUGAACAAAACGGACCAGGGAAAUACCAGUGUUGUCGAGGUCUCAAGGAACAAAUGUGGUGAAUGUGGGAGAAUAUUUUUGCGGUCGUGCCACUUAAAAAGACAUCAACGCACAAUUCAUUCAAAAGAGAAGCCUUAUUGCUGUAGCCACUGCAGAAAAUGCUUUAGUCAGGCAACAGGGCUGAAGAGACACCAGCAGACCCACCAAGGUGAAAAAGAGAGAAAAACUGGCACACAGCAAGCUGAGAAAGAGGAUGCUGUGUACCCGUGUUCUAAGUGCUCUGUCUCUUUCAUAACCAAACUCAACCUCUACAGACAUCUCAAAAGACAUCACCAUGGAGAGUAUCUAAAACUAGUUGAAAAUGAAUCUUUUAAUGCUGAGUCAGCAUUGCAACACGAAAACUCAUCAGACAAACAUGACCCUCCUUAUGAGCCACCAGCCAAGCUUCGAAAAUCAGCUUUAAACUCUAAUAGGGCUGGGAAUCAGAAGAGGAAAGUACCUACGGGCCGACCUCGGGGCAGACCCCCCAAAAUAAAAAAAAAACAAAUCCAGAAGCCAGUCAAGGACACGGCUCAAGAGGAGAAUCAGAACAAUUGUUCAGAGGCUGAUCAGACUGCUCCUGACAAUGAGAGUACAGCAGCUUCACAGUGGACUAAUGCAGGCAGCAAACAGCCACAGGAAACGCCACAAGAGACCUCCUCACAUGUUUGUGGCGAGUGCCUAAGAACCUUCAGCCACCUCCAUCUUCUGAAAAGCCAUGACUGCAUUCAGCAGGGCGAUGGACCUCAUGGCUGCUCUCGCUGCGAACUCUAUUUCAGCCGUCUGUGCAACCUGCGGCGACAUGAACGCACCAUCCAUGCCAAAGAGAGGCCCUACUGUUGCACACUGUGCCUUAAGUCCUUCACGCAGUCUUCUGGCCUGAAACGCCAUCAGGAAAGCCACUCUCGCCACAGAGCCCAUCGCCAGAGCACAGCACUGGCCAAUGCCACCAUCUACCCCUGUAGCCACUGCCCCUUCUCCUUUACCGGCGAGCGAUACCUGUACAAACAUAUCCGCCGCCACCACCCAGAGAUGACUACAAAGUACCUGAGCUUUAAUGAGGGUGAUAUACCAUCCAAGGAACAUAGCUGCACUCAGUGCUCCAAGACCUUUCAGACAAUUAGGGGUUUCAAGAACCAUGCUUGCUUCAGACAAGGGGACCAGCUGUACCUGUGUCCUGACUGUGGUAAGGCCUUCAGCUGGUUCAACAGUUUAAAGCAGCACCAGCGCAUUCACACAGGGGUGAAACCUUAUGCAUGCUCACAGUGUGAUAAGAGUUUUGUGCACUCAGGACAACUGAACGUCCAUAUGCGCACACACACUGGGGAGAAGCCAUUCCUUUGUGCUGAGUGUGGUGAGAGCUUUAGGCAGUCAGGUGACCUGAGACGGCAUGAGCAGAAGCACUCAGGUGUGCGGCCGUGUCAGUGCCCUGACUGUGGGAAAAGUUUUAGUCGGCCACAGAGUCUCAGGGCCCACCAGCAGCUUCACAAGGGCACCAAACUGUUCCCUUGUACACAGUGUGGCAAAAGCUUUGCCCGCCGUUACCACCUUACCCGGCAUCAUCAGAAAAUGCACUCUUGAUUACUUUAGCCAAAACCAUGACUCUGUUGAGUCAAUUUAUUCAUUGACUAACGUAAUGUCUGUUAUGACUUAGUUUUCUAUUGAACAUGUUUCCUUUUAAAAUUCAGCAUGUAUCCAUAUGGACACGCUAAUGAAACACAUUCAUUUCUGCAUUUGAUUGUUAGACUGGAAUGGAAAGGCACAAUGUUCAUAUUGUCUAAUACUUAAGGGAAAAUGCCAUAUGUCUGCACAAAAUGAAAAAAAAAACAGUUUGAAGUGCUUCAAGAGAAUGAUUGAUGUUAGUUAUUUAGCAGUGCAUCUGACAGGUAACAUAAUUAUAAAUUUACUAAAGAAAAUGUGUUCACUAAGCAUACCAAGUCUAGAGUAUAUUUUAGAUACUAUAUAUCUAAAAUAAUAGUAUUAGAUGUACCUGGGCACGUGAUCUGUGAUUUUCCUGGUAUUCCAGCCUACCAGAUGUUCCAGCUCUUAAAAGACAUCUAAUAAAGCCUUAAAGAUGAUAAUCUUAGUGAGUUGGAAAUAAUUCAUGUGAUCAUACUUAAUAAAAGUUUUUGUAAAUACUGAA